UGCAAACCUGCAAGCAAGCUGGAAACUGGAAAGAAAAAUGCAGAAUGCAUUAGUGUUUAUGGGUUAUGUUUGAUGUUCUGAAUUUUGUAUAUUUAUUUUUGUUAUUGUGAAAUGCUUGAAAGUGGAUAAGAUAACAUUCUUUGUGAUAUUUUCCAUUCAACAUAUUUAUCGAAAUCAUUUCUAAAAUCGCAGACGGCCAGCUUAUAACGAUCAAGAAUGGUAGAUGAUAAUGCUAACACUGUACUGCAAACAGUUUCUCGUUAUAAAACUCUUUCACAAAACGUAGAAAACCAUCCUGCUCUUAUAAAGGAUGAUACAAUGAUCCAAUUUCUGGCAUAUAGUUUAUCAAGUCCUGAUCUCCAAGUUAUCUCAGAAACCCUUGAGACGUUCUAUAAUCUGAUGAACCACGGCAGAAACCAGCAGACUUUGCGUUCAGUAUUUGGUGUUGCAGAAGCAAUUAAAGCAGUCUCUGAAAGGGACGAUUUAAGUGAUGAACUGAAGGGAAAUGCCAACAAUCUCCAUGAAAUGAUAACGUCUAACACGUAUACUCCCAUGCGAGGCACAUUGGAAACAUCCAAAUCCACACCCAUGAGGAGGAAAAUAUCUACAAAAGUGACCACCUUCCAAGUACAAGGAUUGUCUGUGGACACGAGACAAGAUCUAGAGUGUGCUGUUGUAAAAGUGAAAGGAGUAGUGUCAGUUGUUGUUGACGUGGAGUCUCAGAGGUGCGUGGUGAGAGCCCUGUCGUCGGUCACGCCGCAGUUGGUCGCCGAGACCAUAGCUGAUAGGACCGACAUGGUCCCAAGGCUGGUUCUUCGCAAUAAGAACAAUCAGGAAUACCUACAAAAUAUUCUAGACGAAGAUGAUGAAACAGACAGUUUGCCUCCUUACUUGGAAGAAGAAUACGAACCACCGAUAAUCGAGAAGAAUGCCGUGUCGACAUUCGACGCCAUACGAACCAACGCAUCAGGCUGGCUCAAUGCUGCCACCACCUUUCUCCAGAGCUCUUUCUAUUGGUGAAAUAGAAAUACAUACUGCCGACCAUCAGUAUUCAUUAAAAUAUUUCUCUAAAUCAAAUUCAUAUUUUUUCUAAACAAAUAUAUCUCAUGUUGAAUGUUUUUUAUUGACAGAGGAGAAUAUUCUACAUGUUAUAUUACUUGCAAUGAAAAUAAUGCUAACAGGCGCAAACAGAAUAUUAUUUUUCAGUUUCCUGAAAAAUUGCCUUAGAACGUUAGAUUAUUAAUGUUAUAGAUGUGAUUGUGAUAGUACCUACUUGUUUCUCAAGUAAUGUGUUUUUUAAACCAAAUUCUGUGUUCCUAUUAUUGUUGAUUGGAUUAAUGGAAUGAAAUGAAAAUGUCGGAGCCCUCAUCUGGUCUGAUACUCAAUUGAAACAGAAGCUUGCUAUUCAGAAGUACACUAAUAGAAAAGAUUAACCUAUUAGUUUAUAACAAAACAAUAAUUUUUCAAAAUCAUUAACAGAACGGUAUCAGAUUCUUUGGAUGGAUUGAUGAAUAUGAAGUGUGUUGAAUGAUAUUAUUUUUUAUUAAAUGUUUGAUUUCGUCUCUCAAAUCUAAUAUAUUCUACAAAUUGUUCUAAGAAGUUCUUCCUUUUUUGCUGUAGAGAGUUUCACAGUAGAGAAUUAAAGAAUGUAUUGUUACCAUUAGGAACGUAACAUUUUAAAUUGCACUCCAUUGUUGUUAUGUAAGGCUGGUAGCACUGUUUAGUGGCCAGUUCCAUCUGCGGUUAGUCGACAUGGAGCGUUACACAAAGGAGCAACCCACUAUUAUUCUCAAAAUGUAUUAUAAGUGCGGGGAAUAUUAUGCUGAAUCGAAAAAUUUAUGGAAUUUUUGGUCAACAAUUACGAGACUCAUUGAAAAUUUCGAGAAAACAGGUUUGCUUUUGUGGAUAUUAAACAAGACGCCCUUGCAUUGGCCGGUCUAUCGAGUGAAACAAAGUGUCACUCUGAGUCCAGGAAGACACAAAUUUCGUUGGAGAAAGGAAAGUGUGUCACUAAAGUAGUGGAUGAUAUUUUCAUUUGAUAUCGUGUUCCACAAUUAACCGCAGGAGUUGCAUUUCCCACUGAGUGUCAUUGGAAUUUUACAACUUUAAAUUGGUAUACUCUGCAGGUUCAGAUGUACCGGUAGUUCUUGCAAAAUUUCAACUAGAGACUAAGGCCCGCCGCAAAGUAGACCCACGCUAAUCCACGAAAAUCAACCCACGCCGUGGGAUGUUUUGUAAACCAUUGCUAUAGAAUUAUUCAUAAUCAUUCAGCUGACAAGUGGAUUAUACAUUGCAUGCAUUACAUAGAUGUCUGGAGAAGCUUAGCAAUGGUUUACAAAACAUCACACGGCGUGGGUUUUUCUGUAAACCAUUGCUAAUAUCGGGGCACCGAGCUCCGCUCUGGAGUACAAAAGCAUAUAAAAUUUAUUACGAAGGAAGAAAUUAUAAUAUAUUUAUAGUUAAUACAGAAAGGUUCUAUCUAAUCACAGUGGAUUGAGAUUAAUUCCCAGAGGAAUGCAAAAAAUUUCUCUCACAAAUGCAUGUUAAAUUUUGAUCCUGAUUAAUUUCACGUGAACCAAAAAAGAGAAUACCAUUUCAAAAAAGAUAGUUUAUCUGAUUGGUUCUACUUGAAUUAAUCAGGAUUAAAAUUUAACCGGCACUAAAUGAUUACCUGAAACGGUACCUGAUUAAAUGAUUACAAAAGUUCAGCUGAGUCAUAGUUUUGUCUCAGUCCCACACACAUGCACUCGCUCACUCACUUCUAUCAUCAACAGACGACGAAGUUGUCAGCUGUUUUUCCAAGGAUGAAUAAAUCCUUUCAAUGUCCUUCAGCGAGUUUUCCCAGGGAUGAGACCUAGUGAAAUUGAAUUUUUAUAUCACAAAAGACGGCUUCUCUUAUUGGUUUUCCUGGAAUAGAGCAGGAUUAAAAUUUAACCGGCUUUUGGUGCAACCGGCACUAAGUACCUGAUUGAAUGACUGCAAUAGUUCAACAGCUGAGUCGUAAUUUUGUCUCAGUCCCACACUCAUGCACUCGCUCACUCACUUCCAUUAUCGACAGAUGACGAAAUUAUCAGCUGUUUUUCCAAUGAUGGAUAAUUAUUAUCCUUUUUUGCCCUUCAGCAAGUAUUCCCAUUGAUGAGACCUAGUGAAAUUGAAUUUUUAUAUCAUAAACAUACUAUGUUCCGAAUUUCGUAAAAAUCGUUAGUGCCGUUUAGAGAUCCGUUGUACAUACAUAAAUAAAUACAUUCAGCAAUUGCUCGCUUAAUAUAAUAGGAUUGAAUAAUAAAUCUAACAUACCAUUUGUAUUUAAUCGAAUUUUUAUAUUAUAAACCUACUAUGUUCUGAAUUUUGUGAGAACCGUUAGAGCCGUUUUCGAGAUCCGGUGAAAUAUAAACAUAUAAACAGAAAUUGCUCGUUUAAUAGUAUAGGAUAGAAUUAUUCAUAAUAAAUCAGCUGACAAGUGGAGUAUUCAUUCCAUGUAUUAUUAUCAUUACACAGAUGUCUGGAGAAGCCUAGCAAUGGUUUACAAAACAUCCCACGGCAUGGUUUGCUUUUCGUGGAUUAGCGUGAGUCUACUUUGCGGCGGGCCUAAGUGUCAACUAAUGGAACUUAGCAUGCUUGCUAAUAAUUUUAUUCAGCAAUUACGUGAAAUUAGAUUUCUAUUAGAAUAGCUUAAUAAUUGCAUUAAGUGUCAUUAUGAACAUAAUGAAGACAUCACUUUAAUUACAAAUUAGAGAAACCCUUUUGUAUUUGCUCUACUCAUAAGGUGUAAUAAUUAUUAGUGGCUGUGUAGAAAGUUGUGUUUAUUUCUAGUUGAAUAUAUUUUGAAAGAAUUUCAAAUUGUGUAAAAAAUUUGAAAGUAAACUGUACCGUGAUAUUAAUGAUUUCCAUGUUUUCCAAUCAAUUAUGUCGCCUGCAGAAGGAUUGUUCACUAUUUUUA